GGAUCGCAAGCUCUGGUCUUGCCAUGGAGAAAUCAGAAACCGUAAAACUUUGGACUGAAAUCAGAAAAUAAAUCACUUGUCUAAGAAACCGAGACAGCUCAUGUGCUAUAAAGAUGAUACUGGUGAAUAUGAAAGUUUUUGAGUAGAGAUAAAUGUCCGUUUUGGCAUCAUUACUCAAUAGCAGCGAGGGGCACAAGGAGUAAGAAAUUGUGUCAAUGGACGCUUGUAUGGUGCCUCAUAGCGUUAUCAUUUUUUCCAGUGGUGGACAAGAAUUAGACCGACGCGUGUUUUAGGAUUGCGACUGCAUUCGUUUUCAUUGCAGCAGUUGAAUAUUUAUUGAAACACGAGGUGAAAAUGUCGACCACGAGCCCCGAAGCAGUGAAGAAAUUGCUGGAGAACAUGCAGACGGAUCUCCGGUCUCUGUCUAUGGAAUGCAAGAAAAAAUUUCCUCCAGUGAAAGAGGCUGCAGAAUCUGGCAUUGUGAAGAUUAAGACGAUUGCUGCAAGAAACACAGACAUUCUGACAGCUCUGAAGGAGAAUAGCUCUGAGGUGGUGCAACCUUUCCUGAUGGGCUGUGGAACCAAAGAGCCCAAAAUCACCCAGCUGUGCCUUGCUGCCAUUCAGAGACUCAUGUCACAUGAGGUGGUGUCGGAGGCAGCAGCAGGGAACAUCAUUAAUAUGUUAUGGCAGCUGAUGGAGAAUGGCCUGGAGGAGCUGAAGCUUCUGCAGACGGUUCUGGUACUACUUACCACCAACACAGUGGUGCACGAUGAAGUCCUUUCAAAGGCCAUUGUGCUGUGCUUUCGCCUCCACUUCACUAAAGACAACAUCACCAACAACACUGCAGCUGCUACUGUCAGACAAGUUGUCACCGUUGUGUUUGAGAGGAUGGUUGCAGAAGAUGAGAGAUUCAAAGGCAUGGCAGAGCAGCCACCAGCCAUCCAAGGCAACAGUAACCGCAGGUCUGUUAGCACACUCAGGCCAAGCGCAAAAGACGCAUAUAUGCUCUUCCAGGACUUGUGUCAAUUGGUCAAUGCGGACGCCCCCUACUGGUUGGUGGGUAUGACGGAGAUGACUCGGACAUUUGGCCUGGAACUUCUGGAAUCAGUUUUAAAUGACUUCCCAGGAGUCUUUCUACAGCACCAGGAGUUCAGUUUCCUGCUGAAGGAGCGGGUUUGUCCUCUGGUGAUCAAGCUCUUCUCUCCCAACAUCAAGUUUCGGCAAGGCAGCGGCAGCGGGAGCUCGGCGUCGCCUGCGCCUGUGGAGAAGCCUUACUUCCCCAUCUGCAUGCGCCUUCUGCGUGUGGUCUCUGUGCUUAUCAAGCACUUCUACAGUCUGCUGGUGACUGAGUGUGAGAUCUUCCUGUCUCUGUUGGUGAAGUUUCUGGAUGGGGAGAAGCCUCAGUGGCUUAGAGCAGUGGCUGUGGAGUCAGUACACAGGCUGUGUGUGCAGCCACAUCUACUACGGUCUUUCUGCCAGUCAUAUGACAUGAAGCAGCAUUCUACCAAAGUAUUCAGAGACAUCGUCAAUGCACUGGGCUCCUUCAUCCAAUCUCUUUUCAUUGUACCCAGUGUGGGAAGUGUCUCCUCUACCAACACACCUGCAGGUGGUUCUGGCUCUGGUGCCCAGGCCUCAGCUCAGAGCGGCGUGGGAGUGGUUGGGACUGGUGGGGGUCUCACCACCCAGGCUGCAUUUGAGUACCGGGGUACCUGGAUCCCCCUCAUGACCGUCAGCGUGCAAGGCAGUGCCAAGGCCACCUAUCUGGAGAUGCUGGAUAAGGUUGAGCCGCCGUCCAUCCCUGAAGGCUAUGCCAUGUCAGUGGCCUUCAGUGCCCUGCUGGACCUAGUGCGGGGCAUCACCUCCAUGAUCGAGAGGGAGCUGGCCAAAGAGGAGGAAGCCGUAGCCAGGGGGGGUCCAGAGCCCAUUGGCCCUGCCCACACUGACACUCUCCUGCAGGAGCCACAAGCCCAGCAGGUGUGGGAGGAGAUGGUGAACGCAUGCUGGUGUGGCCUGCUGGCAGCCCUAUCUCUCCUGCUGGAUGCCAGCACCGAUGAGACAGCCACAGAGAAUAUCCUGAAGGCAGAGUUGACGAUGGCGUCUCUGUGUGGUCGCCUGGGUCUUGUGACUCCACGAGAUGCCUUCAUCACAGCCAUCUGCAAAGCCUCACUCCCUCCUCACUAUGCCCUUACAGCGCUGUACAGCAACGCGGCCAACCUCUCCAACAAAACAUACUCUAUACAAGGCCAGAAUGUGCAAAUCAUCAGCCCAUCAAGUGAGUCUCAUCAGCAUGUGGUGGCAAUGGGGCAGCCCCUCACCUCACAACCCCAGGGCACAGUGGUGCUCACAGCCAAAAACAUCCAGUGUAUGCGGACUCUGUUGAACCUGGCUCAUUGCCACGGGGCUGUGUUGGGAACCUCCUGGCAGCUGGUGCUUGCUACCCUGCAGCACCUGGUGUGGAUUCUUGGUCUGAAGCCGGGGGUUGGAGGCGGUCUGAAGCCGGGGAGAGCAGUAGAGGGUCCCAGCACUGUUCUGACAACUGCAGUAAUGACAGACCUUCCAGUCAUCUCUAAUAUUCUUUCCAGGCUCUUCGAAAGCUCCCAAUAUCUGGAUGAUGUCUCUCUCCAUCACCUGAUAAAUGCUUUAUGUUCUCUGUCCAUGGAAGCUAUGGAGAUGGCUUAUGGGACUAACAAGCAGGAGCCUUCUCUCUUUGCGGUAGCUAAGCUGCUGGAGACAGGCCUGGUCAAUAUGGACCGCAUAGAGAUCCUGUGGCGCCCUCUGACUGCACACUUAUUAGAGGUCUGCCAGCACCCUAAUGCACGGAUGAGGGAGUGGGGAGCAGAGGCCAUCACAUCUCUCAUCAAAGCCGGCCUCGCCUACAAACAUGACCCUCCACUGUCUCAGAAUCAGAGGCUGCAUCUGCUGUUGCUGAACCCUCUGAAGGAGCUGUCUAAUGUUCUGCACGCUGACAUCCGGCAGAAGCAGCUUGAAUGUGUACUGCAGGUCCUGCAAAGUCAGGGUGACAGUCUAGGUCCUGGCUGGCCCCUAGUGCUGGGGGUCAUCGGAGCCAUUCGCAAUGACCAGGGUGAGUCCUUAAUCCGAACAGCCUUCCAGUGCCUGCAGUUGGUGGUGACAGACUUCCUACCCACAAUGCCUUGCACGUGCCUCCAGAUUGUCGUAGAUGUAGCUGGUAGCUUUGGUCUUCAAAAUCAAGAACUGAACAUCAGUCUGACCUCUAUAGGGCUUUUGUGGAACAUAUCGGACUAUUUCUUCCAACGAGCGGAGAUCAUUACUGAGGAGUUGGAGAAGGAGGAGGCCAUUCUGCUGCAGCAGGCGUGUGACAAGGGGGAAACUUUGAACAGACCUUUCCACCCUGCGCCCCCCUUCGACUGUCUGUGGUUGUGUCUGUACGCCAAGUUGGGGGAGCUCUGUGUGGAUCCUCGGCCAGCCGUCAGAAAAAGUGCUGGCCAAACAAUGUUCUCAACUAUCGCAGCCCAUGGAACUCUGCUACAGCAACCCACAUGGCACAUAGUGGUGUGGAAGGUGCUGUUUCACUUAUUGAACUGUGUGAGGAAGUCAUCUACCACUGCUGAUAAAGAGAAGAUUGAAUCGGGGGGUGGAAACAUCCUCAUUCACCACUCGCGUGACACAGCAGAGAAACAAUGGGCGGAGACUUGGGUCCUGACCCUGGCUGGUGUAGCACGCAUCUUCAACACUAGAAAAUACCUGCUGCAGCAGCUGGGUGAUUUCUUCAAAGCGUGGGAGGUGUUGUUGGACCACAUCCAGUCAGCAGCACUCAGCAAAAACAAUGAGGUCUCCCUUGCUGCUCUCAAGAGCUUCCAGGAGAUCCUCCAGCUCGUCACGCCUGUAAAAGACUCAGACAAACCAGACACCCUGGGUGCCAUGGAUAUUCCCCCUGUACUCAUGGAACCCCUCACAGCCCCAGGCCCUGGCAGACCCCUGCCACGGUCAGACUCUCUAGCCGAGCGGCUGGCCCAGCGCUACAGCACUCAGCCCCAGCUGCCUCCCCCUGGAGAAGAGCAGGAUGACUCCGCCCUCUGGUGGUCAGCAUGGAGCACGUGGUACCGAACGGGGACUGAGUGCACAAGGCCCCCAAGCGGGGGCGGGGACAAACUGGCGUUUGUGCCCAGCCAGCCUUUCCUGACGGCGCUGAUCCAGAUAUUCCCUGCCUUGUACCAGCACAUUGCCACAGGCUUCAGCAUGGACGACUUGCGCAAGCUGGGCAUCAUACUACAUGGGGCGGUUUCCGUGCCCAUCAGCUCUGAUGCCUCACCAUUCAUUCUGCCCUCCUACACCGAGGCUGUGCUUACUAGCCUGCAGGAAGCCGUACUCACAGCCCUGGAUGUCCUGCAGAAGGCCAUCUGCGUUGGCCCUGAGACCCUGCAGGUGAUGUACCCCGCCAUCUUUGAGCAGCUUUUACAGUUUGUGGAGUUCUCAUGCAAGCCACCACAAUAUGGCAAAAUGGAGACCAAGCAUGUUGCUAAUGCAAAGUACAACCAGAUCCAACUGUUUGCACCGGCCGAAUGGGUGGCUUUAAACUAUGUGCCGUUUGCUGAGAGAUCUCUAGAGGUGGUGGUAGAUCUCUAUCAGAAAACUGCCUGCCACAAAGCUGUCAUCGCAGAGAAAGUCUUACAGAACAUCAUUAAGACCCUGAGGGUGCCUUUAGGACUGAAAUAUGCGUGUCCUGCGGAGAGCACCUGGAAGCUCGCCGUUUCCUCUCUCCUCAAAGUUCUUUCCAUCGGUCUCCCAGUCGCCCGGCAACAGGCCUCUUCUGGAAAGUUCGAUACCAUGUGGCCCAAGUUGGCCCAUGCCUUUGAGGACUUCCUCUUCACUAAAAGCACACCUCCUGAUAAUCUAUCUAUUCAAGAGUUCCAGAAAAAUGAAGCCAUUGAUGUUGAGGUGGUGCAGUUGAUCAGUACAGAGAUACUGCCCUAUGCCAAUUUCAUCCCCAAAGAGUUUGUUGGACAGAUCAUGGCCAUGCUCAACAAAGGAUCCAUUCACUCCCAGUCCUCCUCUUUUACAGUAAUAUCCUCUUAUUCUGCCACCCUGGCAGAGGCAGAGAUUGAUAUCCGGAUGCGUGAGGAGUUCUCGAAGGUGUGUUUCGAGACCCUGCUCCAGUUCUCCUUCAGUAAUAAAGUGAGCACACCUCAGGAGGGCUACAUCUCCCGCAUGGCCCUCGCUGUGCUGCUGCAGCGAGCCCAGGAGGUGCUGCACCGCUACGUAGAGGACGAGAGACUCAGCGGCCGCUGCCCGCUGCCCAGGCAACAAGUGACUGAAAUCAUUUUUGUCUUAAAAGCUGUUAGCACAUUAAUGGAUUCCCUCAAAAAGACGCAGCCAGAGAAUGUGGAUGGGAACACCUGGGCCCAGGUGAUUGCUCUGUACCCCACCCUGGUGGAGUGCAUCACCUGCUCCUCUGCAGAGGUCAGCUCCGCUCUGAAGGAGGCACUGGGGCCUUUCAAAGACUUAAUGCAGCCUCCAGUGUCCAAAGUGCAGAAUGGAGAGUCGUGAUCCAGUGCACCUCAGAAGCUUUUUAUCCAACCCGAACCAUGAAUGUGACUUUAUCACACCACACACACACAGACUCUUUCUCAUCCCAGCACAUCUUAUAGCUGUCGUCAUGGAAACCAAGCCCCCACUGUUCUGAGCUUCUUCUAAUACAAGUUUAUAUUAGAUUAUGAUUGGCUGGCUGGACAGAAACAAUGUAUUAACUGCUACAUAAUAUUUGCAGUGUUCAUUAUUUUUUAUCUUUUUGGUUUUUUUCACUCCACACUUUCUUUACCAAGACAGGAUUUAAUGUACAGUGUGUGGUGAUAGUGUUAAUGAUGCAACAAAAAAUUAAUUAUUUCAAACCCAAGAAUUGUUUAAAUUACACUAAUAAAACUAUGGUCUUUUUGUGACAUUUUCUCAACAACAAAAGAUUUUAUGGAGGAUCUUACUGUAACAUUCCAUGUCAUCUUUCAUUACCUUGAGAAGGGAUGUACCUUGUGUGUGUAAAAUAAAUGGUACAGUUCUA